UUUUAGCGUACGCUGACAUUUCAAUUUAGCGUAACGUUAGCGGAUUUUACGCAUCGACAUAUACUUCAAUUGAGGCUAGCUUAGUUUGCUUCGGUAUCUCUCCCAGCAUUUUAGCAUUAACGUGAUUUUGAGGUGGCUUGUUUGUCCACAGGAACUACAAAUACCACAAUUCAACUAACGUAACGUACGUACUUUCUAGAACCUUGACGACUCCUCUGGGCUAGCCAACGUCAACCCAGCCUACUUUUCCAGCAGUUCACAUCCGAGGGGCUGUAAUUUGGGGGCUAUUUCUACUUGCAGGUGGUAUCAUAAUAUUACGUUAGUAAGACUUGAAGUUGCCGUGCCUGUUGCUGUGUGCUAAUAGGAAUAUUCCAACGGAAAACAAUGCAAACUGACGGAGACUAGCCAUCAAAACAUCAACAAAAACAGCGAGGGGCAGGGCAGCUGCACAGGUCGGUCUGUAACGAUGCGUGUUUCUGGUUAACUUAUGCCAAGCUGUUACUCAGCGCACGGAUGAAGCUGUCAUUUUGUCAUGUCACAAUGACUUAAUAGCCUGUUAUAUUCGUAGUGUCAUAUAAUCGGUGACAUGCACAAUGGCGUUGUAGCUAACGUUAGCUAAAGAACCUGCUAGCUGCCCUCGUGUAGGCACAUUUAUAACUUGUGCGUCAUGUAGGUUACAGAAUAUAUCCGAGUCAGCCUGGCUGUGAGGUACCAGUACUGAUCUUCAGGGUCCGAUCUGUUUGUAUUCAUCUACCGGUGUGUCUCUUCAAAUCAUUUCAUCGUCUGGACCACCGUGCAUCACUCCGCUCUCACGGGCAGUGGAGUGGGGUUUCUGCCCGCCAUGUAUUCAUUUUCAGGCCCCACGAGCCUUCCUGAAUUUGACCUCGCACCCCCCAGUACGUCUGGGCACCUACAGAGAGCGACCCUCUCAAACAACAGCUGGGAGACACGAUGCCUCAGGAAGCACAGGAGGAGAGUUGAUGAUGAGGGAUGCAGUGCCAAGAGGAGGAAGUUAAUGCUGGAGGCAGAAGCGGACAUUUCAGAGAACUCAUACACGAGCGCUCGUCACGAAUGGCCGGCAGCAAACAGAUGCCCUCCUCUGUCUGUGCAGAGAGCCGGCCCUGCACCUCCAGAGCCCUGCCCGGCACCUCAGCCCUCCUCCGCUCUGCCCCGACCCGAGACCGAGAGCUCCUGCAUGGAGAUAGAGGCAGCUCAGAGGAAACUUCAGGAGAUUGAAGACAGAAUAACGCUGGAGGAUGACGAUGAGGAUGAAGAUCUUGAUGUAGAACCAGCCCCAAGGCGGCCAGUGCUGGUGAUCUCUGACAGCCUGAAGGAGGGUCUACAGCGCGGCAUCAGUGACAUCCUGCCCCACACAGUAGCCCAGUCUGUGAGCCAUUCCUGCAUGGAGUUGGUGUUGUGGCGGCCACCAGACGAUCCCUUCUGCCGGAAGCGAAAAGUCUCAGUACAGAAACAGCGCAAACAACAGACAGUAUCAAGGCAACCCCCGACUCCGUGUCCAUCUCCCACCCCUCACAGUCCCUCCAGUCCCCCUGCAGACACACACUCUUCUCUGUACAGCUUCCCUGUGGCCCACAGCUCUGGAGAGGAGGACAUGGAAAUGUAAUUGUGCUUGAUGACUUGAAAAGUCAUGCCAAAGUAGAAGGUGGGACAUGUUGUCAUACAAAAGACUAUAAAGGACUCAGAACCACUUGAAGCUUGUCUAGUUUGGAGAGGCAUGUUGGCUUUACAUGAAUAUUGUGCAGUUUUGGACAAUUUGUGCAACAAAUCUUUUGCUUUAUAGUUGCUCAGUUUAGGUUUUUUGACUAUGGUAUCACUAUUAUAUGUUAGAUGUGAUGAUAACACUGACCUAAUUAAUCAGUUUUAUCGGUUUAAAUGUCCAAGGGAACUGUCAUGAUUUCAAGCCUUUGAAAAGUUCUAUAGACAGCCUUACAGAAACAUUUUAUAUAACUUACAGAAUUAGCCUUUGCUGUUAGAAAUAAGUUCAUUUUACAUAAUUUUGCCAAAGCCAGGCCAGAGACACACUGAUGUCCUGUAAGUAUGACUUUGCUGUUUGUUAAAUAUCAGUGUGCAGCACAUGCAUUCAGUAUAGUUUUUUUAUGUUCAGCUUCUGGGCAUUGUUAAUACAAAAACUGGUCCUGUGUGUUCACAUUUGCUCACAGCAUGGCUUCCUGCUUGCAGUUGUACUUGUUGUGGUAGAGAGAUUAUCUUCCGUCGUGCUUAGCAAGUACACCAUCUGUGAGCUUUGAGGAAUUUUGUAAAGAAGUCAUGGAAAAGCACCUUUUUAUGGUUUGAUUGUAUUUUCAUAUGUACAUUACCAGAACUACAAUUGGCCAUCGAGUGUUAGCACUUUUUAUUUGUUUUGAAAUAAAUUAAACUCUCGUCCAUGUAGAGGUUCUGCAUGGCAUUGUUGGUUUUCAUUGGA